AUGGCUGAUGUUGAUGAAGGUCGCGGGGCUCCUAUUGAUGAGCCCCUUGAUCUUGUACGCCUGUCCCUGGACGAGAUCGUCUUUGUCAAGCUGAGGGGUGACCGCGAACUGAAGGGCCGUCUUCACGCCUACGAUAGCCAUUGCAACCUGGUGCUUGGGGAUGUAGUAGAGACAGUCUACGUGGUGGAUGAGGAUGAUGAAGAUGGAGAGACUCUGAAGACUAUCCACAAGAAGUCGGAGAUGCUUUUCGUACGAGGAGACAGCGUUGUGCUCAUAUCACCACAAGCUUCGUCAUGA